AUGGCUCACAUGGAUUUGCAAUUGUCUGAGGACUAUGCCUCCUCCAAAGCGGCCGGUGAAGGAAACCCUGCAGUCCCCAACAUCGACGGCGGGUACUCCAUCUGUGGCUCCGGGGACGCCAUUCCUGGGACCCCUCAGCAUAUCCAAGAAGACACGGCUGAGCCAGGCAAGAAUAAGAGGAGGAAGACAGCUCAGGAGCAAGUUCCUCUGACACCUUUGCAGAAGGCUCACGACAUGUGCCAGAAGCUCUUGAAGAAGAAGAGCGACGCCAGCAAUUUGGGGCUGACGUUGCAAUCAAUUCCUUUCGCUGCAGCGCUCAGCACUGAGAUGAACACCUACGCGAAGAAGUUUGAGGACUUGUACCUGAAGAUCACAGCCUGUGUGAACCAGCAGAAGAACGAGGAGGAUGACUACAUUCCCCACGUGAGAGAUUUCAUUGCCCUUCAAAAGGCUUUUGACAAGCCAUUCUCAGCUGGAAAUGCCAUUGCCCGGCAGCAGAACAAGUCUAGCAUUGAUGAGAAACAGGAGCUUCCUCGGAAAUACCGCAAAAAAGUGACAGUGGAUCAGAUUGACAGUGAAGUGGUGUGCGGUCUGGCUGAACGGGCUGCAGAAGGAAAAAUUUCUGUACGGGCUGUUGCUGAGUUUGGUGCAAAUUUGACAAAGGAUGGGUGCCCCAAGGCGAGUGCCAAGCAAAUCACUGGCGCGCGGGAGCGGGAUUUCUUUCGCUGGGUGAAGCUUCCGCUGGAAAUCUACAAAGCCCAAGUUUCUGUCAAAACAGAUGCUAGCAAAAACUCCAGAAUGGAUGGCCGGGCUGUCGCUGACGUAGCAAUGGUCCUGCCAAGUGAUCAUUUGCAAGCUCUCCAUGAUCAAGGGCCAAGUGCUUUCCUCUUUUGGAAGGGUGACAUGGAGGCCCACGCUUAUUCACACCUUUUGACCAGGACAGGGAGGUACUACCGAUGCGCCCAGUGCUGUGACUUCUGCCUCGCGACAACUGACAAGAGAUCGCCGGAGUUGAGCUGGGGACACCUCACACUAAGAUCUUUGUGGCGCAGUACAUUGACAAUGUCAGACCCAAAUGACAUUUCGCCUUGGGCACUGCAUGUACCACGCUUUCAAAAGGACAAGCGUUCGUUAGAUUUGCUCCAUGUUGUCCAUCUCGGCACCCUGAGGGAUUUAAUCCCUGCUGCAAUCAUCAGCAGUCUUGAAGACGGAUCGCUUGCAGCCUAUUACGGGUUGAAUGGAAGGCCUUGGAAUGAGAUUUUGCAUUACUUCAGCCGCCACGCGGCAGUCUGGGCGAAGGACAAACACAUGUUAUUGGAUAUCGGCACGCUGACAAUGAGCAGGCUUGGUCGGCCCACGUAUCUGCAUUGGCCGUUCCCGGCUUUAGAUACCAGAAUAAAAGCCGCCAAAACACGAACCCUCUUUGCGUUUGUGACAUGGCUUAUGGUACAGUUGUGUGCUUCAACAGAGUUGGACACAGAGGGCAAACAGAUGCAUGCCAAAAUGCGUUCGGUAUCCUGUUGGGCUUUGGACACUGCCCUGAGCUGCUUCAAUAUAAAUGAGGACGUCGUCAUGCCAGAUUCGACAGUUCAACAGACCGUUUGGCUCCUGCGCCUUCACUCGGCCUCGUACGAGUGGUUGGCGGGCUCAUGCUUCCUUGAAGAGCGUCUUUUGUACAAGGUCCGCCCGAAAACCCACUACUUCGUCCACAUGGUCGAUCACUAUGAAAGGACAAAGAUCUGCUUGAUGCACCUGGCGACCUUUGGCGACGAAGACUUUAUGGGCAAGAUCAGGUCCAUCUGCCAGGCCUGCCACGGGGGCACGUAUAUGGUGACCUGGGCCCGGAGAUACGCCUUGAAAAGGGCACUCCAGUGGAAGCAGAUGAAGCGCGACGCAUAA